AUGGACCAGGUCAAGAAGCUGCAAACUACAUGCCUGCGGCCUUCACAGGCCCAGCUAGCGCUCGCAAUUGCCAUCGUUAACUCAAAGCCCGCAGCCAUCCCAGUUCUCGACCACAUCAAUCAGAUACGCUUCCAUGUGAAGCAAUCAACAGCUCAGCCACUCAGUCUUGAUGCCUACAAGUAUUUCGACAGUGUAGCUCAUUGGAGACAGGCUUAUUACAAGGCUGAAGACGAGCAAAGCAAACUGAGCAAUCGGGUCUUUGAGUUGGAGCAGCGUGUCGAGUCUCUAAAAUUGAAGCUCAAAGAUGACGAUAUCAAGCUAACCCCUGAGAGCGGCAAGCGCAAGGACGGCUGUGACUCGGGUGCAUCAGGCCCGAGGAAGAAACGGCAGAAGAACGGUCCAGAAAUUGGAGUAGAGCUAGAAAGUCUGGAUGAUAUCAUGAGCCAUAUGAGCUCUAAGGAGGGAUCGAUCGGUUCUUUGAUGAGACAUCUUUCGACACUACAACAAAACAUAAACAAAAAGCCAAAUUGGGCUGUGAUUUCUGCGGAGAUGACUCUUUCGUCUGUGAAUAGCAACGAGGCAUCAGUUCCGAACCUACCUAAACAGAAGGCUAUUUUAACAACAGAGCCUAAUUCAAUCUCUAUUCUGGCUGUCAUUGAGAGUGCUCAUAAGAUAUUAUGUCAAUCAAUUAACAAAAUGAACAAUUCAGCUGAAGGGCGCAAAUUCGACGGCCAGGUUACUUACCAUAUAGUAUCUCUCUUCGAAACAGCGCUCCAGGCGUUGGAAAAGCAAUGUCAAUUACAGGUGACACAAAACGACAAACCCAAAAACAAGCCACUGCCUAAGAGACGAGGAACAAAAAUUUCAGAGGCAAAGUCUCAAGGCGCUUUCGAAAUCAAUAGCAAUAUUUCCUUUGACGAUAUAUCGAGAUACAUUAGACACUUACUUGCUGGGAUGAUGCUGAGGUCAACAACUUUAAUCACCAAAUACGAAAGCAUCUUUGAAGGCUAUCUCUUUGUAUUCCUCCGUCGGGUGGGAACAUUAGUUUCUAUCAUGGAAUUCAGGGAAAUGCUUUCUGAUCCCGAGCUUCAAGCCAGCCCGGAUCAAUUACCUAUACCAGGUGGCCUUAGUCGUGCAAAGACUGACGAUAUAUCUUUGCGGGCGGCAGAAAUCGAGUCCAAACAUAUUGUAUGGCUGCUGGAAAAGGUUGUCGCACUGGUCCAUUCAGUCGGGAUGAAAUCGACCCGAACUCUCACUGACGGCCCCUCAGCAGAGGCGCCGGGUUCAAACGAGUCUCUUCUCCGUUUUACCAAAAAGAGAAUGCAACGAACGCUACUCAAGACAGUCUUUAGUGAAGAUGAUCCAUUGUUUCUUGACUCACUCAAACAACCACAAGCUACCAGUAGUGAACCGACACAUAUGGAUGAAUCAGAAUCUGCCUCGGAAUGGUUUUCUCGACAACUAUGGAAAUAUCUGGGGUCUGAUGUACUUGAAUCUGUCUGGAAAUGA